GCAAGCGUGAGUUCUGUUGAUGUUGAUGGUUCUCAGAGUCCCAGGAUAAGCCUCUCGCAGUACCAGAGAUACGAUGACCCCAGCAACAAAGGUUCCGAAGUAGAGGAACAGGCACGGAGCAUCGAAGAUGGAAAGAACAAUCCUACUGAACUAUCUGCAGGAGUCCCAGAAUGGAGAAGGAGUCGUGGUGGG